AUGGCUUCAGUGACAUCCCUCGACAAGGACUUGCGCAACAUGCGCCUGUCCCGCUAUACCCCGCAGGCAGCCGCGGAGGUGCGCGACUGGAUUGAGGAAAUGCUUCAUGAGAAGCUGCCAUCGCAAGACCUGCUCGAAGGUCUCAAGAGUGGCAUUGCUCUCUGCAAACUAGUAAACCUCGCCGUGUCACCGGGCGUGAAGUAUAAAUCAUUGCCUGCGCCGUUUGUACAGAUGGAGAACAUCUCGCAUUUCUUGCGCGCAUGCCAAAUGCCACCUCUCAACCUUCCUCCGCACGACGUCUUCUUGACGGUUGAUCUCUACGAGGCGAAGGAUCCCGCACAAGUCCUACAGUGUCUGGCAGCAUUCAGUCGCCGCGCCAAUGCCCUUGAGCCCAGCAAAUUCCCUCGGACGGUUGGCCCGCAGAGCAAGCGCAAUGUGAUCAGCCCCAAUGCGACGGGAUCCUCCAGUGGGGGCUACACUCCCCGGUCAGCCCGCUCUUCUAGCAAUGUAGGUGACACAAAGCCAUCCGGGUCAUAUAGUACUUGGGCCAAGAAGGGAGAUGAGCAGGCGACUAACCCGGCCUGGAACAUCCACCAAUAUGGCUACAUGGGUGGAGCAAGUCAGGGCAACCAAGGAAUUGCAUUCGGUGCUCGUCGACAAAUCACGACACCUGGACCUGCUGUACCAAGCCUUGCAGAGAAGCAAAAGCAAAUGCGUGAGGAGGAAGACAGAAUCCGUCAAGAGAAUGCAGAGAGGGAAGAGGCAAAGCGUGCCCGCCAGCAACAGAUUGAAAAAGAGGAGGCUCAGGCCAAGGCUGAAGAGAAGCGCCGAUGGGAGGAAGAGACUGCUCGCGUAAGGGAACAGGAGCGUGUCAAGAUGGAUGCAGAGAGGAAGCGUUGGGACGAAGAAAAGCGUCAGUGGGAAGAAGAGGAGGCGCGCCGCACCGCGGAAGAGAAAGACGCCGAGGACCGCCUGGAGGAGGAGCGGCAACGCAGACGCAGCCAGACCGACACUCGUCUCAAUGGCCAGUUCUUGAGCCAAUACCAGGCUUCCCAGACUAGCGAUGCUUCCAGCGGAAUUAGAUCCGUCGAAGAGACACCUGAAAGUCAACGCAUCAAAGAGCUCGAGCGUGAGCUCCAGCAGGCAAAGGACCGGGAGCGCCAGUACGAGACUGAACGCCAGGAGCUGCAGUCUCCCAAACCCACCGACGAGCCCCGGUCUCGCAGUCGUCCACAUCCCGUGCCUCCUAAGCCGAGUUACAGUCUCUCUUCGCUUGAGCAAGAACGACUCAUGCUCCGCGGUGAAUGGCAGAACAAUCAAGAAAUGCCAGCCACAUCCGAGGAACCCGAGACCGUCGAGGAACAAACACCACCCCCAGCUCCUCGUCCUCUCUCAGAGCCUAAGCCCUCAUCCCUGGCUGCACAGCCAACACUUCCUCCUCCCAGAGACCUCCCCCAACCCCCUCGUCCCCUCCCAGACCCAGUCGCCUACAAUGCCAACCGUAAUCGCCAAAGCCGCGUGGACAACUUCCUCUCCUCAAACCCAGCACCCGCCCCGGCAGCCCCAGCCGCCCACAGACCCCAGGACUACAGCACAACCUCCGAAGUCGACGAAGAGAAUGCCAGGCGCGUAGCCUCGCAGCAGAAGACCAAGGCCGGUGGGUGGGCAUCAAAGUCCCUCCUCGAGCGCGAGAUGGAGCGCGAACGUGCUCGCCAGCAAGAAUGGGAAGAAAAUCAGAAACAGACUGCCGCUGCUAUCCAGCGUGGUGUCAACGAUCCCACUCACGGCUCUGGACCCGGUCAAUCAUGGGAUGUUCACCAGUAUGGUUACAUGGGUGGUGACAACCAGAACCGUGGCGGUGUUGGACUUGGUGUUGGUGGUGCCAGGCGCCAGAUUAUCGGGCCUCGGCCGCCUCCAUAA